CAGUAUAUCUGGUCAUCUAAACUACUCCAAAGCACAUGCUCACAUCGUAUUCGUGAGACUGGUCCCCAGAGCCCACCGUUUCGAUUCAUCACAUGGUCAGCGUUCGGCUACGGUCAGUGAACAUGUGCGAUACAUGACGUACACACCGUUAACGCGCCAAGAGAAAUUUCUUCCCGUCUUCGUACAAACCGUAACCUUACAGGUCAUUUUUAUGUCUUAAAUUUAUGGAUGACGUACUUCGAGAACUGAAUUUGGGAACUCUAGUUGAUAGAUUCAAUGAUGAGAAAGUGGAAGUUGACACCGUAAUUUCAGCUUCAGACAGCGAGUUAGCUCGACUUGGUGUUUGUACCAUCAGCGAACGCAUACGUCUUCGCAAUCUUUGCAAGGCAAGGAAGCAGGCAAAUUCCGAAGUUUCCCAUGCAUCCACAUCAAGAAAUCGAGAAGAGCGAUUAGCUUUGUUUAAUCCGCGACGGCAAGGGAGAGUAGCCUCUAGGAGUGAUUCUAAACGAAGAAAAACAACCACAAAGUCGAAGCUAUGGACCGCUCACUUUGUUUGUGUAGCCGACCGGUUUAGUUUUAAAACGCCUACAUCAGUUGAAAAGCAAAUACUUUUCAAAGCCGGACCUGGACUGAAGAAGAUUAAGCUCGAUAUUGAAGAUGAUGAGAAUACCGUUAAGGAAAAGAUUAGCUCAGAUGCCUUGGAUAGUCAAGGGGAACCAGAAGGAUUUCCCGCCCUUCGAACAUGUGGCGGCUUUGAGCUAAUGCAGUGCAGUCCGAACUGUAGGGACUUAACUCGAAUUACUUGUGCAUGGAACGCAAAGGACCUCAGAGCCAAUCUGGGAGGUGGGCAAAGCAAAAUAUAUCUGGUACCUAUACAGAAAUCCCUUUCUACGAGACCCCUUGCACUAAAGGGUGCUGAAUCUGCACUUAAAGAAAAAUGUAACAAAUGCAAGAAAGAAAUUUUGGUUCGUCAACUAAGAAAGCAUCUAUGGGAUUGUGAAGAUACAGAUGAUGAGAUCGAUGAAUCAACCCUGCAAACUUCGGUGUUUGAAACACGACCAACAACUCUUGGGUCCUCAACAACUACAACAGCUGUUUCAAGCCAUGUAGUUUUGGAAAGCACCCAGAGGAAUCUCACCACCUCUGCUGUUUAUUCCCUGGUUUCCCACAGUCCUUCAGUUGUAGAGAGAAGUUCUACUUCCAUGAAUCCAGAUCCAACUAACCCUCCAUCUUUCAAUUCAAGUGCAGAAGACCCUAGUAUUGACACUUCCUUAAUCAUGGCAGAAAUGUCAGUGGAUGAAGUUGUCAAUAAAACUGUCCAUUAUUGCCAGACACAUGAUGUCAACAAUCCAGUAGAGAUCUUACAGUGUUUUCAACAAAACAUAGUAACUGGAAGAGACCUAGAAGUUGGAAAUGCUGCAUGAACCAACAGAAGGAGAAACCAAUUACAUUAUUGUUGAUUGUUCAAACCUACUUCAGUCAUCAUUUGAUGAGUUAAGUUGUCUGCAAGACUACAGAAAUAGAAAGACCUUAGAAGUACAAUUUUAUGAUGAGGUACUACUCUUGUCACCAUAUUUGUUCUAGGAAACAGUUUUAUUUAUGGCAUAACUGUGUCAACAACAGAAUUUUUUAAUCUGAUUGGUUCUCAACUUCCCUUAGAUAUUGCUUAAUUUGGCUGAUUUAGCAGCAGAACUGUCCUGCUUUGCCUGUCCAUUUAGAAGCUCUACGUAAUCAGACAGGUGAAGCUGGACAGUUUAACAGCCAAUGAAAAUCAAGCAUCAAUUGUUGCUCCCCUUUAGGGUUUAUCAACCUGAAUUAGUCCAGUCAGCAAUUCAAUUUGACAAAUUUUAUUUGUGUUAAAAAAGGUUGAUCAAUGCACUUGGAGCCCUGUGCUCCAUAUUCUGAUAGUUUGUGCAAAAGUUGUAAAAAAAAUGUAAACUGAUGUUCAAGAAAUUUGUACUUUAAUGAAUGUUCAAAUCCUGACAUUCUUGCUUUUUGUUGUUGACACAAUAAUUAAUCCUUAUUUUUUGUUAAUUCAUAGAGGAGUUCCUGUCCUAAUUCAGGGUAUUCAGGAUUGAGAUGUUAAAUGUUGAAAGCCACUAAGACCAGAUUGCUCCAUGGAUAGUACCCCCACUCAAUCCUAUUACCACUUGUGCACGUAUAUUUUUUUUACCUUAAGUUUUCUAAGUAACAGGUAAUAAGCAUUUCAUUUUUGUCAAGCUGUCCUUUAUCAAAAUCAUAUCAUUCUAUAUUUUACUGAAAAAAGUGCCACAGCACAGUCAUAUGUCAAUAUUAUUUGGAGUGACUCAUUUGGGAGCAGGGUUUAUUGGAGUAAACACCAUACUCAGAACAGUUUUUAAUAAAUGUGAUUGGUGGUGAAAUGUUUGGUUUCAUAGGAUAAUGUGGUUUUUGUUGUUGAUCUUUUUGUUACCACCAGGAAGCCGAAGACUAUGGUGGUCUAAAGUGCUUUUGUUAUUGUUAUUAGCAAAACAUAGACUAUUCCUCAUCAGGCAGUCAAUCAUACAGUCAUACCAAGGCUGAACUCUGCCAGUGUUGUUUCUGGAUGACUAUAAAAUCUUACUUUUCUUGUAGAAAUUGUAUGCUGCACACCCUUGAUAGCACUGGUUAAGAGCAUUGGUGCUCUCUCUUCAGUUUUAUUUUGGAGCACAGCCUUGCAUACUCUGUGUACAGGAACAUACUUGAGUAUUUCGGCCUUGUAAAAAUUUCCUAACUUUAAUGUGUUUUGUGGGCAUCAAUCAAUUCUUUAGUAUUUUUAUCUCAACAGCUUGGAUGCCAACUCCCCCUGUUUUUGCACCUGUUGAGACCUAGCCAAGCAGCAAAUCUGAAUGUGAGAAAAGUCAUUCAUUUUUUGAAACCGGAAUUCAGUGAAGAAGGAUCAAACAAGAGAAAAUUUGAAAAUUCUGUUUAUUCUCAGUUUUUGAAAUACUUGAGAGAGGUUGGAAGUGGGAGAAGAGCUGGUUUAGGCCUUGGCCACAUACUGCAGUUUACAACAGGUGCAGACAAUGAAC